AUGAAGACUAUUUCAAUAUAUUUAAGUCAAAAUAAUCAUGGAAUUAAUCAAUCGAUAACAACAAAAACAUUACAUAAAAAUUUUAAAUAUUAUCAAAAUUAUGAUCCAGCUGCUGGUGAUAGUAAUAGAAAUGCAACUAUAUCUCAAAUAGAACAUGAACGAAAUGUAUGUGAAGAGGAAUUAUAUAGAUUACGUUAUGGAAUUGAGAAUUUAUUAGAUAAUAAAGAACAAGGUGAUUUUAAAAUACAACAACAAAAAAAUUUAACAAAUAUACAAAAUCCAUUCCGAACAAUGACGCCUAAUAUAAACAAUUUAAAUAAUAGAAAGCUUACAAAUUGGUUCGAUCGAUGUGCUCCUUGUUGUCGUCGUUGGAGACGACGUAGAUGUAAUAAUAAUAUUUUUAAUCCCAAUAAAUACUCUCAUCAUCAAAUUGAUAAUGAUCAAAAUUAUGAUAAUCCUUCACAUAGAACUCCAAAAUCUUCACAACUUUAUAGCGAUUCAUUUAUUUCUACUUCACCAUUGAUCUCAUCACCUUAUAUUGGUUCGAGUAGAAGUCGAAAAAAGCAUAGUAUAAAACGAAGUAUUCGUAAAUUAAUAAAUCGUAUGACACCGAAUAAAAUGACGAGUUCAAAUCUAUUAACAUCGACAGAUAUUAAUGAACCUUUAUACAACUCAUUAAUUCUUAAAAUACUCGAAGCUAAAGCAUUAGAUUGUCUUUGUACUGGAUAUUCAAAGGAAAAUACACAAAAACAAAUUUCAAAAGUAUUAAAUGAAAUGAAUCAAAGCAUUGGUGAACAACAAUUAGAUUCUGCAAGUGCUACAACAUCUCCUUCCAGUAGUAAAUCAUCAAUAUUAAGCGAUGAUAAAUAUUUUUCUUCUCAACUUAAUACACCACAAUUAUUGAAUGAAGAAAUAAGUUCUUCAUCUUCAUUUGAUAAUGAAACACCUAAUUUUAAUGAAACAACUUCAACAUUAACAUCACCUGAUAAUAAUAAACAAAGGAUUAAAAAACCAAAAACUAAUCGACGUAUCAAAAAGAAACGAACAAAACCAAAAUCAAAUAAUCAGAUGAAUGAUCAUGAAACAGUUAUGUUACCAAUAUUCAUGUAUCCUCAAUCAUAUCAACAAGUAUAUCAAAAUCGACAAAGACUAUUAAAACUUUUGCUUUCUUAA